GAAAGCGUAGUCUGCUAGAUAAAUUUUUGUGCAACAAUUGCAUUGAGUUUUUGAGUAUUAUUUUAUGAGGUUUAUGGUUUUCUACGUCUUCAAAUUACUAAGAUUUUUGCAGUGAAUACCAUGAACCAAGAAGUGGAAUCUCAUAUUCAAAAGAAUUGUCCUUGGACAAAGCUCCCACCAAAUGUGAAACAACUGUUAGGUGGAUCAUAUAAAGAAUAUGAUAAAUGUGUGGUUACCUAUAGUAUAAAAAAUCAACUACGGUACAAAGGCAAUCUUGUGCGUCAUGUAAGAAAAGAUGAAGAAAGGUAUUAUGAAGAAUUAUUAGAAUAUAGCCGGGUGCACCUUGUGCUGUACCCAUACCAUUUGUCAGACGUGAUGGUCAGAGGUCUGAGAGUAACUCCAUUCCAUUAUUAUGUUUCCAUGGUUGAAGCUAUAAUGUUGCAAGAAAGAAGUUAUGAUGCUCUCCCCAACUUUACAGCAGCAGAUUGUUUAAGGCUUCUUGGAAUAGGAAGAAACCAAUAUAUUGAUUUAAUGAAUCAGAGUCGUUCUGGGAGAAAGCUAUUUCGGAAAAGGAAUGCUAAAGAAUUUCUACCCACAAAACCUUUACAGAAAAUGGUGAUAGAACCCUGGUGGAUAGUUCAUAUAGGUUCCAUAACUGAGGAAGACAUAAAGGUUGCAACCGAAGGCGAAAAGUGCUUAAUUGAUAGCGUUAUUGAUAAUGGACCACGUAAAGUGGGGACUUUGAAUUACAAUGACUUGCACAAUCUUUAUGGUAAGGGUCUAGUAUAUCUCGAAGUGCCUAUUGAUGCCAGUGAUCAUAUCUCGGUCCCACCAUUAGAGGGUUUUGUGAUGAAUCGUGUACUAGGAGACUAUUUCGAAACUUUAUUGUACAAAAUUUUUGUCUCAGUGGAUGAGAAAACUAGUGUUGGAGAGUUGGCCAAUGUUUUACAAAUUGGCGUGGAUCAAGUGAAAAAUGCCGUUUCCGUUUACUGCCGCCUGGGAUUUGCCCGCAAGAAAAAUGCUGAAUUGGAGCCCGGCACGCUUCAUCCAUCAUGGAAAAACGUUAUUACCACAUCUCCCAACCGAACCUCUUCUAUUAGUUCGGUGCCAUCUGAUGAAGAUCCUCUAUUGGCUGAGCUCGCUGCUGCCUUGGCAGAGCUUGGUACUCCUUUGCCAACUGAAAAGGAAGUUAGUCCCACCGUAGGUUCAGCUGCAGAUGAAAUUGACAGGGACCUAAGUACGGAUCAGAAAAGAAUAGCCUUCCUUUUCGACUCGACGCUUACAGCAUUUUUGAUGAUGGGCAACUUGUCGCCAGGUCUCAAGAGUCAUGCUGUCACAAUGUUUGAAGUCGGCAAAUUGUCAGAUGAAUCCCUAGACAGUUUGUUGGUCGAGCUGGAUCGAAUCUGUACUGACGACAGCGAAGGAGAAGCUCAGCGCUACUUUGAACACGCUUUAACACUGCGAUCGACAGUCCAGUUUCUGAGGAAGGCCCGUUCGAUUCUGGAGAUCGAUAUUAGUAGUGGGUACACCAUUUGGAAUGGGGGACUGGAUCUUAUUCGUGUGGAAAGCUUACAGUCGCUGGACGCUGAGAUAUAUAGCCGAUUAAUGCACAAAAAUUAUCAUUUACUCGUUGCAAUGGCUCCCUUGAGCCUUGAAGUCCGUUCUAGCUCGGUUGACGGCCUUCCUCCGUUCUGGGGUCCACCUUCUCCCGAGUUCACAUCGCCGUGGUUUAAGCUCUUCUUGUACCAAUUAACCCAACAAGGACCACCUACUUUGUUGUUGGCAAAAGGCACGCGUCUUCGCCGUUUACCAAGCGUUUUCCAUCGAUUCGACCGGAUUCUUCUAACACCGUGGGGUCAUGAUUCUGGGCUCGUUCCAGCCUCUAAUGCUUUAGUAGUGUUAAACGAAGCACUUACCCAUUCGGCCCUCAUGAUCCAAGGCUAUGGUGGCCAACAUCAACUUGAGAAACAUCAUAUUCCCUUCCCUUUUUUGCAUGAUACGGUGGGGGAAUCUCUUCAAGAGGAUGUUUGGAUGAAUCAUCCAAUCGUUCAACGGGUUCGCCAACAGUUAAACUUGCAGAACAGUUGCGGUUUCAUAACCAUGGUCAACCUUGGCCUGGAAAAAACACCUGAAUUACCCGAUCAGACGUGUAGAAGCUCAACAUUGUCGUCUUCGCCUAUUAAUGGCAUUAAAAGCUCCUCGUGUGCUGAAAUAUUGAUUGAAGAACUGGACAGUAUGGCACCCGCAGUUCAAGGUCCAUCCAAUCCGGAGGUUGGCAUCACCCAGCCUGAGAAGUGGAACGAGUCCGAUUGGACCAUUUUAACCGUCGACUUUGGCAUUCCGUUAUUUGAUGCGCAAUUAAACCGUGAAGUCUGUGAUCGCAUUACCAGUCAGAAACUGGGACAAAGAGAAACUCUAGACUCCCUAAUGAAAGUGCAAAAGGCGCUGUCCGAAAGUUUGAUGGAAUUCAUUCGGCAUAACGUAGACCCUUCUACCGAAGGGAAAUUAGUAGCAUCGGAUACAGUGCUGCCCACGAAAAGUCUUUUCUUCCAUGAUGGCAAAUUAAGUUCAUGGGACGGUAAUAACUAGACUCAUUAAAAAUGUUCCAAUAGCCCGUUAAAGUGAAACAUAAACGAUGUGAUCCAUACAUUCCCUGCGUUUGCAAAAACCGUUAAGUGUAAUUAUCUUAAGGCUCUGGUGUCAACUAUCUUACUGUUAUUGAAUAUUACAGGUAAAAGAAUUUUUCUCUUGUUAGCCACGAGUUUUAAUCCUAAUUGUGAAUCUUAGAGUCAACAGAUCCUCUUUAAGAGAAGGUCGCCAAAUAAACGGUUGUUUCAUGCCAA